ACUACAUUUCCCGAAGAUACCUUCAGGGGUCCUGCUCACGCUCAAUUCAGAUAAGCACGUAAACAGGCAACGGGAAGCUUGUCUUUGAACAUUUGCGAACAGGUGUCAUGGCGAGGUGACGCCCUCCUCCUCCCCCUGCCCAACCCCUGCCCUUCUGAAUCAGCCAAUCAGAGAGUGCCAUCAGUAGUGGCCAGCAGAAAUGACGGAGUGCUUCCUGCCGCCCAGCAGCAGCCCGGCAGAGCAGCGUCGCUCCGAGCACCCAGGGGGCGUGGCUCGCACCCCCAGCUCAGAGGAGAUCAGCCCCACCAAGUUCCCAGGGUUGUACCGCACGGGCGAGCCCUCGCCCCCCCACGACGGCUCACACCAUGACCCCCCCGAUGCCGCCUCAGACGAGGACAAGGAGCACAACCGCAAGAAGAACAAGUUCAAGAAGAAAGAGAAAAGAACGGAGGGCUACGCUGCCUUCCAGGAGGACAGCUCGGCGGACGAGGCUGAGAGUCCGUCCAAGAUGAAGCGCUCCAAGGGCAUCCACGUGUUCAAGAAGCCCAGCUUCUCCAAGAAGAAGGAGAAGGACUUCAAGGUCAAAGAGAAGCUGCCCAAGGAGGAAAAGAAAGACAAGGAGAAGGACAAGAAGUCCAAGGACCUGACGGCGGCCGACGUGGUCAAGCAGUGGAAGGAAAAGAAGAAGAAGAAGAAGCCUGCCCCGCCCAGCGCAGAGCCGGAGGUGGUCGCCACGGAGACGGUUGCCAUGCUGCGGCCCAUCUUUGGAGCGCCGCUGGAGGAGGCGGUGAGGCGUACGUCACUCUAUGACGGCAUCCCGCUGCCUGCCGUGUUCCGCGAGUGUGUGGACUACGUGGAGAGUUACGGCAUGAAGUGUGAGGGCAUCUACCGUGUGUCAGGCAUGAAGUCAAAGGUGGAUGAGCUGAAGGCGGCAUACGACCGUGAGGAGUGCCCAUGCCUGGAGGAGUACGACCCACACACAGUGGCCAGCCUGCUGAAGCAGUACCUGCGGGAGCUGCCUGAGAGCCUGCUGGGCCGCGCGGUGGCGGCGCGCCUGGAGGACGCGUGCGGGCGGCCCAGCGAGGCCGAGCGGCUGCAGGAGUGCCAGCGACUCCUGGGCGAGGUGCCCGCGCACACCCGCCUGCUGCUCGCCUGGCUCAUCACGCACAUGGACCACGUGAUCGCCCGUGAGGCCGACACCAAGAUGAACAUCCAGAACAUCUCCAUCGUCCUGAACCCCACUGUACAGAUUGGGAACCGUGUUCUGUAUCUGUUCUUCACUCACGUGCGGGAGCUGUUUGGGGAGGUGCUGCUGAAGCCUGUGGUUCGGCCCCUCCGCUGGUCCAACAUGGCCACCAUGCCUGCCCUACCAGAGACGCAGGAGAGCAUCAAAGAAGAGAUCAGACGACAGGAGUUCCUGUUGAACUGCCUGCAUAGAGACCUGCAGGCAGGAGUGAAGGAUCUGUCCAAAGAGGAGCGUCUGUGGGAGGUGCAGCGCAUCCUCACUGCACUUAAACGGAAGCUACGAGAGGCCAAGAGACAGGAGUGUGAGACGAAGAUUGCUCAGGAGAUCGCCAGCCUGUCCAAAGAGGACGUCUCUAAAGAGGAGAUGAACGAGAAUGAGGAGGAGGUCAUCAACAUCCUGCUGGCACAGGAAAACGAGCUCCUAACGGAGCAGGAGGAGCUGAUAGCUCUGGAGCAGGUGCUGCGGAGGCAGAUCGCCACGGAAAAGGAGGAGAUCGAGAGACUCCGUGGAGAAAUCGCCGACAUCCAGAGCCGUCAGCAGGGUCGCAGUGAAACGGAGGAGUACUCCUCAGACAGCGAGAGUGAGAGUGAGGAUGAGGAGGAGCUUCAGCUCAUCCUGGAGGAUCUGCAGAAACAGAACGAGGAGUUGGAGAAUAAGAACACCCAUCUGAACCAGGCCAUCCAUGAGGAGCAGGAGGCCAUCUUGGAGCUGCGUGUUCAGCUCCGCCUCCUCCAGAGUCACAAGCCCCUCCCUUCUGUUGAGCAGGCCCCGCCCACUCAGCCCAGCCCUGAUGACAGCCCUGCUGCCCCACCUGUCCCAGUUGCAGCUGGUCCCACCCCAGGAGUGGGAGGGGCAGUGGGGGAGGGCGCUACGGCAGCUGUUGCCACGGUGAACGGGAAGCCGGCAAAAGAUAGCCUGAAGCCAUCGCCCAAUAAGGACAGGAGAGAGAACAACAUGUAAAGCACUUCAGAAACUACAACUCCCAUCCGGCACCAACUAAAAAAAUGACAGCCUCACCUGCCUCCAUUCUCCUGUCUGCUCAGAGAUGAAUGGGCAGACAGUGAUGGCCACAUGCUGAACUGAGAGAGUGUGAAUGUUUGUGUGUGUGUGUGUGCAUGCAUGUGUAUGUGAAAGUGGUUGUGUGUGUGUAUGUGAAAGUGGUUGUGUGUGUGUGUGUGUGUGUGUGUGUGUGUGUGAUCAGUCUGUGAGCAGGUGUGUUCUGGAGACAACCAAUCCAUCUGUGAUGUGUUGGCUAAAGUAGGUUGUUUUGAUGCCUGUGGUCCUGCCUAUGGGCUGAAACAACCAUAGUGUUGUGAGUUCCAUCAAGCUGUUCCCCGGGCACUAACAUUGAUGCAUCUGUAUAUGUCAGAGGUCCAGAGAAUGGUAUUUAUUCCAGUCGAAUUUCUUCCUGCAAUAGAUUGGCCUAACCUGCUGCAGUGGAGCCAAUGGCAUGGUCCCAAAAUGGCAAACCCCACCUCUAUGGCUCUUUAGUGAGAGCAUGCCCAGUCAAACGAUCACCGAAUUUACAAAUAGAUUAAACUAUUUGAUCCCUUAUAUGAUAAGUCGUGUAACCCAAUGUGCCAUAAAUAAUGAAGAGA